AUGUCCACCACCACAGAGAUCGUCAUCACGAUAACGGGCAUCCGCAAGCCUGGUCUCGACGAGUCCUCCUUUCAUGAGUACCUAAGCACCACCCACGCACCGCUGGCUCUGCCCUUCCUGCUGAAAUACGGGAUAAGGGAGUACAACCUGAUCGACCAAUACAGCGCUUUGGUUCCAUUCGCCGAGGAGAUGCAGAUGUCCAAAAAGCUGGCCGACUACGAUUACAUUGUGCAGUUUGUCAUGGAUGAUGUCGCGCAGUUUAAGACAUUGUGGGACGACGAGGAGUUUCGGAAAACAGUCAAGCCCGAUCAUGUCAAUUUUGCGGAUGAGACGCGGUCUGGGAUAUCGAUUGGGUACAGGACAAAGUUUAUUGCGCCGGAAACGGAUUGGCUGGGCCGCUUGAAGAAUUGA